AUGCGUGUUAUGAACUGGAUCGUGCUGUUGGCGGCAGUGCUGGCCACGUUCAUCUACAUUGCCGAUGCCGACGCUCCAGUCAAAGCAUCGACGACCGUGAAUACGCAGCAGGUGAAGGACAGUACCGAGGAAGAGGUGGUGACCGUACAGAAGCUGGAAAAGGAGAUUGAAACGCUGACAGAGAUCGUCAAGGAACUCAAGACGGACGUUCUCAAGGAGAAGAAGGCACACAAAAAGACCAAGCUCGAGCUGAAGGCGGUCACAGGCGAGCUCAAUGAAGUGAGAGAGCGCUUGGACGCCCGUGAGGAGGAUGUCACUAAACUGAGGGAGACGUUGUCGACGGAACAAGCUCAUUUUACUGCUGAGCUUGAUGCUGCGUUGCAGAAAUUGGCAGACGAGACAAACAAGGCUCAGCAGCUGGAAAGGACGUACGAGCUCAUGGAGAAGAAGAACAAGGCGAUGGGACAAGAACUGGGUGUAGCCAAGACUGCCGAGCUCACGAUGAUGGCGUUGCUGUCUUCGUAUUACGACGACGCGCGGGUUCUGACCGAGCAGACGCUCGGGUUUGCUCAGGAUAAGCUCAGCGAACACACAGACACGUUGGAACGAGUGCAGAGCGAGUUUGACAAUGUCAAGAAGGUCACGCGUGACACGACGAGCAAGUUUUACCAGGAGAAUGUGGCGCCGACGUUAAACCCGAUUUUGGAUCCAAUUUUGGCCGAUGUGCACAAGGUCGUGAGCCCGCAAAUGGAAAAGUUCGUGCCGAUUCUGCAGAAAGUAGCAGCGAAAGCAAAGAGGCAGACACUGGUGUACUCGCGUGAGGCACUGCGUCAGGCGAAGCGGGCGCGGGUGGAGGCGAUCACAAUAUUGGAGCAAAACAACUAUGUGGCAGCGUAUGCACAGAAAGUGGUAGACAGUGUGCUGGUCAUUCUUGCUGUACCGCUGGCGCUGUUUUGGACACGCUUGGUGUUCCGUCUGGUGUGGUGGCUCUUUACAACGACGGUGUGUGUGCUGAAGUGUGGCUUGUGCUGUGGUUCACGUAAGCGUAGCUCAACGGCGAAGUCUGAGCUCGCGAAGAAGACAAUUGGCGUCGAUGCUGGCCCGAAUGCACCUAACAGCGGUUCGAGAAAGACCGUCACCAACAAGACCAUGUUGAACACCCCGAAGCGCAACAAAAAGAGCAAGAACUGA